AUGGAAGAGUGGGAUAAAAACGUCGUUGAAAUUUACUGUGUUCAUAAUGCUUCGAGGACAAUAUGUCAUAAAAAUUUAUCCGAGAUAGAAAACGUAAAGGAAGGGGAUAUAGAGAUAUGGACACCUGACGUCAUCCAACGUGUAGCGUCUAUAGUUGUCAUCAUGGUCCUGACGCUUGUCGGCAACACCGUCAUCAUUAUCAUCCUCACGUGCAGCAGGUACAGAAAGAGAAAUAGCCGUGUCAAUAUAUUCAUCAUAAAUCUAGCUGUUGGCGACCUGACUGUUUGUGUGGUAACCAUGACAACAGAAAUAUUGUUUGUGGCGUUCGGGGAAUGGGUCCUCGGAGCUGCAGCAUGUAAGAUUCUAACCUAUGUCCAAGUGGUGACGCUAGCUAGUACAACUUUCAUUUUGACUUCUAUGGGCUUCGAUCGAUAUAUGGCUAUCUGCCGUCCUCUAAAAUUCCGAAGUUCACACACAAGAGCCCGGCGGAUGAUCAUCAUCUCAUGGACGCUUGCGUUUAUAUUCGCGGUUCCGCAGCUUCUUAUUUUCGUACAAACCGUUGAUGAGGUUCUUCCGAAUGGAGAAAUUCAAUAUGGCUGCCGAAGUCAAGGAUAUACAGCUAUGUGGCAGCGGAAGAUAUAUUUUAUGUUCAUGACAAUGUAUAUUCUAAUUGUUCCUGCUAUUUUGUUAUCCUAUUGUUAUGUAAACGUGGUGAUAGUCGUUUGGAGACAAGGCAAACUGAUCAACGGCACAAACACUUGUUCUCUACGGAAAUCCAUCGUCAAUACAAGCGCAAUACCGAGGGCUAAAAUCAAGACGGUCAAAAUGACAUUCUGUAUCAUAAUUAGUUUUAUCGCGUGUUGGACACCAUAUUUUGUGACGACCCUUAUUAGGAUCUAUAGUAACUACACAUACAAAUUUUCGCCGUCAGUCAUGGCGUUCGCCGAGACGUCAACUCUUUUACAAAGUGCUUUAAACCCGUUGAUCUAUGGAUUUUUCAAUAUACAGAUUAAAAGGGGAUUAAUGGAAGUUUUCUGUCCGAGUCGGAUUAACACUAGACAAAGUGAAGAGAUCUACAACAAUGCUUCUGAUUGCUUAACAGUUUCAGGGGAUUUUAAAUGUACGAAUCGUGGUAUGCUCAAACUCAAAGAACCAAACUCGUCAUCCAGUAGUGGAUCCUUCGAUAGAGGGCGCUCAUCACAUGGUUGUAUCAUUGCAGAAGCAAAUACCAAUGGUUUUAAACUACGGGUACGUUUUCUGUCUAAAGAGAAAUUGUACGUGCAUGACCGGGUAAGUUAUUCCCGGUGUUCCGCGAAGGAUAAUGACAAUGAACAUAUCACGUGCGAUAGUGUCAUGUGA